UUAUUUCAACGGAUGUUGCCUGUUGGCUCACUUCCUAGACAAAGGCCAAUUGUGUUCGGGUCGUAUUACUUAAAUUAAUAAAUAUUAAACAUUGUCAUUAAAGGUAGAUGGAGUCUGAUUAAAGACGCAUCCACUCCAUUAAAAUACAGGGACUUUUCAUCUAGUGACACCAAUGCUAAGAGUUUGUGGUGCUGAGGUUUUAUGACCAGGUCAGUUUACUGUAACUUUUUUUUGGCAUCAUGAGCACAAGCCAGAGACGGCGACGCUGCCCAGCCCUCACUCAGCCCAGACGCUCAGCCAAGAGGGGCUUGUACUCUGACAGGCUGGCCCACAUGGCUGCAGAGUGCAUCGAGGUGGAGGGGACCCAGGUGGAAAGUGAGGAGGUGGUGGAUCUCACAUGUGAGAGCACAGAGGCCGCUGUAGUGGACCUCACCAACUCGGACUCUGUGCUGAUUGUAGACGAGGGCCAGACGCCUAAACGCGGGGCGGGUGCCGAGAGUUACGUACUGAGCAGCGAUGAAGAGGAGGGCCAGUCUGCAGGGGGUGCGGCUUUCCUCGCUCACCUGGAGGCCAACAGCCGGGCCAGGUCGAUUCCAGGCAUGAUCAGCUGCCCCAUCUGCAUGGACACCUACGCGGAGAUCGUGGGGAGUGGAAGGCUCGUCGUCUCGACCCGGUGUGGUCACCUCUUCUGCAGCGUCUGCCUCCGAGACUGUCUGGCCAAGUCGCACACCUGUCCAACCUGCAGGAAGAAACUAACAAGCAAGCAGUACCACCCUAUAUACAUCUGAGGCGGCCUUCUGUCCACGCCAGUCUCUCCUGGAGGUGCCAAUGGUGUACAGGGUCUGCAGCAGCGUUUUCAUCGGACCCGCAUCCGCUCUGGCUGCAGGCCUGCAUGUGACUGACUCUGUGUGCAAGGGACAAAUCGGCACUUAUCUGUGUUUCAGGAAGACCCCCCUCCCCCUCGGCCUCGAACCCCGGGGCCUGUGUGGCUGUUGCAGUUAUUCAUAGCAGUAUGAGAUCACAAACCACCAAGAGGGUAAACCUCCCAUAACAUGCAGCUUGUUGUGCGUACAUUUAUGCGAUCCAUGCAAAGGGGGCCCAGUUUCGCUCAGGAAUCUCAGCUGGCGCCAAAGACUCAAGGGAGAGCUGUGGGGGGUGUGAGACGGCGCCCCCUCGUGGACAUGCUGUUGGUGUUGCAAUAUUCUUAGCUGUUAAUGUUUGUAUUUAAUACUAAAUAAUUACAUAGGACUUUUGAAUAAUUUUUUUUGUAUUAAACAGUUGAAUAACUGUAGUCUGGACAAGGGUAAGACCACCCCUCCCCCCAAAAAAAGGAAAAACACUUCUGAAAAUGAAAGUGUGUGUUUUACCCUUUUGAAAAAUUAAAAUACCACAGAGGAAGGAACACUGUUUGACAAGUAGUGAGUAAAACUCGCUUCUGAAAAGCUUCCUGUCUGUAUCCCGUUUGUUAUAAUUUUUUUUUAAUUAAAGUUGGGGGCUAUUAGGUGUUAUCAGUGCAGCGGUUGCUGAACUACACUGUAUGGCCUUAAAGUCAGCUCUGUAAAACUGCCCUAACUUUGGAGUUUGCUGGGGAUGCAUAGUCAGAUGUGGGUAUAUUUUUUGGUUUUCCUUGAUUUAAACUCGCUGAAAGAUCGCUUUGGUUUAUUUUUUUUGUGUUUUCUGAAUGUAAUACCAACCUGGCACGUUUUGCCAGCGUCUUUGAAUAUUAAAGUUGUCCAAGUA